AUGGGCAAGAUCGAGAACAACGAGAGGGUGAUCCUCAAUGUCGGGGGCACCCGGCACGAAACCUACCGCAGCACGCUCAAGACCCUGCCCGGGACGCGCCUGGCCCUUCUCGCCGCCUCCGAGCCCCAGGGCGACCGCCUGACGGCGGCGGGCGACAAGCUGCAGCCGUCGCCCCCUCCGCUGUCGCCGCCGCCGCCGCGACCGCCCCCGCUGUCCCCCGGGCCGGGCGUCCGCUUCGAGGGCGGCGCGGGCAACUGCAGCGCCCGCGGCGGCGGCGGCGGCGGCGACCACCCCGGGGGCGGCCGCGAGUUCUUCUUCGACCGGCACCCGGGCGUCUUCGCGUACGUGCUCAAUUACUACCGCACCGGCAAGCUGCACUGCCCCGCCGACGUGUGCGGGCCGCUCUUCGAGGAGGAGCUGGCCUUCUGGGGCAUCGACGAGACCGACGUGGAGCCCUGCUGCUGGAUGACUUACCGGCAGCACCGCGACGCCGAAGAGGCCCUCGACAUCUUCGAGACCCCCGACCUCAUCGGCGGCGACCCCGGCGACGACGAGGACCUGGCGGCCAAGAGGCUGGGCAUCGAGGACGCCGCGGGCCUGGGCGGCCCCGACGGCAAGGCCGGCCGCUGGAGGAGGCUGCAGCCCCGCAUGUGGGCCCUCUUUGAGGACCCCUACUCGUCCAGAGCCGCCAGGUUUAUUGCUUUUGCUUCUUUGUUCUUCAUCCUGGUUUCAAUCACAACUUUUUGCCUGGAGACACAUGAAGCUUUCAACAUUGUUAAAAACAAGACAGAACCAGUCAUCAACGGCACAAGUGGUGUUCUACAGUAUGAAAUCGAAACGGAUCCUGCCUUGACGUAUGUAGAAGGAGUGUGCGUGGUAUGGUUUACUUUUGAAUUUUUAGUCCGAAUUAUUUUUUCCCCCAAUAAACUUGAAUUCAUCAGAAAUCUCUUGAAUAUCAUUGACUUUGUGGCCAUUCUACCCUUCUACCUAGAGGUGGGACUCAGUGGGCUUUCAUCCAAAGCUGCUAAAGAUGUACUUGGCUUCCUCAGGGUGGUCAGGUUUGUGAGGAUCCUGAGAAUCUUCAAGCUCACCCGCCAUUUUGUAGGUCUGAGGGUGCUUGGACACACUCUUCGGGCGAGUACGAACGAGUUUUUGCUGCUGAUUAUCUUCCUGGCUCUAGGAGUUUUGAUAUUUGCUACUAUGAUCUACUACGCAGAGAGAGUAGGAGCGCAACCCAAUGACCCUUCAGCUAGUGAACACACGCAGUUCAAAAACAUUCCUAUUGGGUUCUGGUGGGCUGUAGUCACCAUGACCACCUUGGGCUAUGGAGAUAUGUACCCCCAAACGUGGUCAGGGAUGCUGGUGGGAGCCCUGUGUGCUCUGGCUGGAGUACUGACAAUAGCCAUGCCGGUACCUGUCAUUGUCAACAAUUUUGGAAUGUACUACUCCUUGGCAAUGGCGAAGCAGAAGCUUCCAAGAAAAAGAAAGAAGCACAUCCCUCCUGCCCCUCAAGCAAGCUCGCCCACUUUUUGCAAGACAGAAUUAAAUAUGGCCUGCAAUAGCACACAGGGUGACACGUGUCUGGGCAAAGACAAUCUACUUCUGGAACGUAACAGAUCAGUGUUAUCAGGUGACGACAGUACAGGAAGUGAGCCGCCAUUAUCACCCCCAGAAAGGCUCCCCAUCAGACGCUCUAGUACCAGAGACAAAAACAGAAGAGGGGAAACAUGUUUCCUACUGACGACAGGUGAUUACACGUGUGCUUCUGAUGGAGGGAUCAGGAAAGUGUUGUACAGAAUUUAUCAUGGAUUUUUGACUGCUGAAAAAGGGACAGUGGAAUUUAGCCAUACCAAGGACUGUACUGGAAAUAGACUUCUGCUGCUGAAUGUGCCCUGAUGUGACCAGGUUGCAUUUGGAAGAGAUCCUCCCGUCUUCAUGAGGCAUUAAAAGCUUAUAAGAGAACUGUGGCUGGAACUCGUUUGGUGCUCCCCAUAUGAGUGGUCUGCUUAUGGACUGGCCGGGGUCCAUGGAACAACUGUAAAUACCAACGUGUGUGCAUGGGGCAACAGCUUGGGCCAUCUCACAACAAAGGAAGCCAAAUUCACGAUCAACAUCUCUGGAGCUUCAAGUAAGGCCCAUACAUCUGUGAAUUACCCCUCAUGGACCUGCAGUAGAUUGUGCUGUGAAUCAUAAAAGCAGUGAUAUUGGUGUAGUGUAGAUCUGUCUUAAUUUCCCUUAUUUCUCCUUUGUUGGUUGGAUCCAUGAACACUAACUGUGUCAUUUUUUAAAAAAUAAACCACUUAUAUUACCAGCUUGUCAUAUUAUGUUGUGAAAUUUUCAGUGCCUAUUUAUGAAAACUGACCU